AUGGUAGAGGAAGACAGCAACCGGAGGUGGCGGUUGGGAUGGCUGGAGGUGGCAGAGACUGGUGGUACUGGUGGUGUGAAGAAUAAAGGAGAUGAGGGCAUUUUUGAUUAUCUUGUGAGAUAUCGAUUUAUUGGUCAGAUCGUCAGAAUGCCCUCUCGGUGGAUAGCCAUCGGUUUAGAUAUUCUGUUUAUAAUGUGCAGAUCUGAUGAAGCUGUUUGUUCCUCUAAAUCUGCCUGGGAAGCUCUGAGGCCAUCUAGAGCAGCGGUCCCAUGGUGUUCUAUUGUUUGGUUUAAAGGAAAUGUGCUUAAAUGGGAUUUUGUGCAUUGGCUGAUUUGCUUACAAAAAUUAGCUACCAAGGACAGAUUAUUGAAUCGGGGUAUGGAGGUGGACCCUGUGUGCAGUUUGUGUAGAAUUGUAAAUGAAUCUCAUCAGCAUUUGUUCUUCUCUUGUCCUUUUACAGUGCGCAUCUGGGCAGAGAUGGUUUGGUUGAAUCAUAUUGCUAGAGAUCCUUUGGGUUGGUCUGGGGAGAUUCAAUGGGAUUGCACUGCCAGCACUUUGAGUAAUGCUAUGUUCAAACGUUCCUUGGCUAGCACUUUAUAUCAUCUAUGGUUGGAAAGGAAUAGGAGAAUUUUUACUCAGUCUGUUAGCCACAAAGAAGUGAUAGUGGCUGGAAUGGUCAAGGAAAUUAGAGCCAGAGCUUGUUCUUCCAUGAGAGUUAAGAAUUCUUUGCAAAAUCGGCAAAUCUGUACAGACUGGGGGCUGCCUUGUUCCAUUCUACAAACCUGA